AUGGUCCUCGAGGGCUUCGGGAUGUCCGCAGACCGGAAGGUCACUGCUGGGAGGGUGACAAUCUUCCCCCCGGAGCUGGAGGAGGAGCAGAUCGUGGAGUACGUCAUGUACUGGGCCAAGCAGGAGAUUUCUUGGUCAGAUGAGCUGGUGAUUCAGCGUGUGGACUCAGGCUUCUCUUCUGAGGACGACGCAGUAACCGAGAGCUCGACCACGAAUGAGGCUUUGUGGUACACUCCAGAGGUGAUUCGGCCUGUCGUUAAGAUCUGGCGCUGCAAAAUGGCGGCUAAUCCGUUUAAGGCCUGCAGCGUCCGUGGCAUGCCUUUGCAGGUGGCAAUUCCCACAGGCAUUCCCGUGCCAGAGACAGCAACUCACCUUGGAGUCACAGCGGCAAACGAGGCUGGGGAGAACACCCGGCUGACGGCUGUGAGGUUGUUUGGAGAGGAGGAGCAAGACGGGUUCUCGAGCAAGAUCCUCUUGGGAGUCUUGCAAGGCUUUUCCACGAUGAACCGGGCAGAAUGCGGUGCAGGCCAGCAUUCCUUGGCACUCGAUGACUGGAAGAAUGCCAUGGAUUCGAUGAUGAAGCGCAACGAUGCUUCCAUGAAGGAGGCGUUGAGCCUGUUGUCAGACUGGCUGGAGCCUGUUGCUCUGACACUGCAGGACUGUGGCGCCUCCACCUCGCACCGACAGUUUGCAGCAGCCCUGCUGCGCCUCCGCAAUGGUGUUAUGUUCUACCAGCCCGGUCAGGUGCUGUCAAUCGACAAGGUGUCCAUCUUCCAUUGGGUGAACACCGCCAUCGCCUCUUUCAGGAGGGAGGAGUACGGGUUGUUCGGCAGGGAUGUUGGCAAUCUCGUGCGCCAGCUAGUCCCGCUAUCCCCAGCGCAGGUUCAAGAGCAGGCAGACGCAACCAAGCUCGAUUCCGCUGCACCCGAAGCAACUGCAGAUGCCGAAGUGGAAUCCGUGUCCUCCAGCUCAUCUGGGCAGGGCCUGAAAGUCGCGCGUGCAGAAUGA